AUGGCUCCCAUCGAGACCCAUCAGUAUGACUAUAUUGUUCUAGGCGGUGGUAGUGGUGGUAGUGGUAGUGCUCGGAGAGCAGCCGGCUGGUACGGUGCAAAGACCUUGAUCGUGGAAAGUGGCCGUUCUGGAGGUACCUGUGUUAAUGUCGGCUGCGUCCCGAAGAAAAUGACAUGGAACUUCGCAACCAUCAACGAGGCUCUCCACAUUGGCCAGCACUAUGGAUAUGACAUCCCACCUGACGUUAAUAUCAACUACCGUCAUUUCAAGAAUAUCCGUGACUCCACGAUUGAGCGAUUGAAUGGUGUUUAUGAACGAAAUUGGGGUCGGGAGGGCAUCGACCUGGUGAAGGGUAGAGCCAGCUUUGUUGAACCUAAGGUCAUUGAGAUUACCCUCGAUGGUAACAAGAAGGCACGGUACACUGCACCACAUAUCUUGAUUGCCACCGGUGGACGACCCAUCCUUCCCGACAUCAAGGGCGCCAAGCACGGUAUCACUAGUGAUGGCUUCUUUGAGAUCGAAGAAUUGCCUCCCAAGCUUGCUGUCGUGGGAGCUGGGUACAUCGCGGUUGAACUGGCGGGCGUUAUGGGCGCCGUUGGCGUUGAGACGCACAUGUUCGUCCGUGGUGAUGAGUUCCUGCGGAAGUUCGACCCGAUGAUCCAGAAGACGAUGACAGAACGGUAUGAAGCAUCUGGUAUACAAAUUCACAAGCGCCACUCUGGCUUUAAGGAAGUGCAGUUGCUCCGCGAUGGAAAGGGCAAGGAUAAACUUCUUAAACUUGUCAACCACGACGGAUCCUCCAUUGAAGUCAAUGAGGUCCUAUGGGCCAUUGGCCGCCAGCCGGAGGUUGAGGACUUGAAUUUGGAUGUCCCAGGUGUGAAACUAAAUGACCAUGGACAUAUCACGGUAGAUGAAUACCAGAAUACCUCCGUGGAUGGCAUUUAUGCUCUUGGAGAUGUCACCGGCCGCGCUGAACUGACACCGGUCGCCAUCGCUGCCGGCCGUCAACUUGGCAACCGUGUUUUCGGACCCCCCGAGCUCAAUUCAUCUAAAUUGUCGUACGAGAACAUACCCACGGUUGUUUUCUCCCAUCCAGAAGUCGGCACAGUCGGGCUCACUGAGCCCCAAGCCCGCGAGCUCUACGGUGACGACCAGAUCAAGAUCUACAAGACUAAGUUCACAGCCAUGUACUACGAUGUGAUGCCAGCUGAGGAGAAGAAGAAGAACCCAACUGAGUUCAAGCUCAUCUGCGCCGGCCCAGAGGAGAAGGUAGUUGGAUUGCACAUUCUUGGUCUUGGAGUGGGAGAGAUGCUGCAGGGAUUCGGUGUUGCCAUUAAGAUGGGAGCUACCAAACGAGACUUUGAUAGCUGCGUUGCAAUCCAUCCAACAAGUGCAGAGGAGUUGGUUACAUUGCGAUAG